AGGGGGGCCGAGCCGGCGGGGCUGGCGCGGGCGGGGUUACCCGCCUGGCUCCACCCCCCCAAAUCGCAGGGGGCUUCGCCGGGACCCCGGCGCCGGGAUGGCACCGGCACAGUCAGCGGCAGCGGGACACGGCGCGUUUCGCAGCCCGGGGCUCCCCGCCGGGGCUCCGGCCGACUCGCCUGCACGUCGCCCCGCUGCUGCUGCGGGGUUUUUUUACCAUCACUAUUUUCGAAGCGGGGGGGCGGGUGAGGAGGGGGGCUGGCAUCGAUAAAAAGGCAGAGCCUCCGGAGCAGCCGGCACUUCCCGGCCACCAUGCGAGCACCCCUGGCCUGAGCCGCCGCCUCCGGGGUCUGCGGUCCGCGCUGCCGGCGGCGGGAUGCUGUGAGCCCUGCGCCCCGCUCCCGCUCCCCCCGGCCGCCCGCGCGGUCUGACUGCCGCCCCGUCCGAAAUCGCUCCUGCCCAGAUGCAGGGGAUCAUCUGCCUGCUGCUGUUAUUCUUCAACGCCGUGGAAAUGCUCGCGCAGAGCCAGCGGAAGAAGCAAGCGAGCGCGGGCUCGCUGGAGAACUGCACCGGCUGCGUGCUGUGCUCGGAGGACAACGGCUGCGUCGCCUGCCACCCCCGGCUCUUCCUGCUCAUCCGGCGGGACGGCAUCCGCCAGUACGGCGUGUGCGUCCACACCUGCCCCCCCGGCUACUUCGGCGCCCGAGGCCUCGAGCUCAACAGAUGCACCAGGUGCCGGUCGCCCAGCUGCGAGAGCUGCUUCAGCAGGGACUUCUGCAUGAGAUGCAAAGAGAAGUUUUACUUGCACAAAGGCCAGUGCUUGCGGCAGUGCCCGCCCGGCACCGCCGCCCGGCCCGGCGCCCGCGAGUGCCAAGAGAAAGCCGAACCCAAAAACAAAGGCAAAAAGCAGCAGAAGAAGCAGAAGACAGACUCGCCGGCGGGCACCUAGCGAGCCCCGGCCCGGCUCCCCACGGCGCCGGCCCCCCGGCCCGGCCGGCAUCGCCCCUCUUCCCCAGCACAGGGAAUUGCACAACUGCCUUCCCCCUCCCCCUGCUUCCGAGAGGAUUUAUGGCCUGUAAAACAUUUCCUUCUCGCUAAAGUCCAACUCGCAGCGUCCGCAGCAGCGCCGGGGGCCGGAGCGGGGGGCGGCGCCUGCUUUUUUGGUUUUCCCCGCUCCCCAGCCCCGGGGCCACCCCGGGGGGUGCACGGUGCCUGGGUGCUCGCCGGGCACCCCGGGGUGCUGCGCGCUGUGGGACGUGUGCACGGCGCUGCGCCCAGCCCAGCCCCACGCCCAGCACCACGUCGGCCCCAUUGCAACGCCGUGGGCCGCGUCCCGCUGCCCCCCGGGGCUGGCGGAGCCCCCCUGCCCGGCCCCCGCGGACCCCGGCGGCGGAGGCGGCUGUGCAUCGCUGCAGGAAUCAGGGGUAUAUGUAUGUGUGCACAGAGAUUUAUAUCUAGAGAUUUAAAACACGGUCGCUGGAGCUUUUGCCCAACGCUGGAGGCGUUGAUGGAGGGCGGCGGCGUGCCGAGCGCGGGCCCUUCCUGGGCGAGAGCGCUGGGUGUCAGCAUCGAGCCAGGGACGGCGGCAGCCGCGCCGGAGGCAGCUCUUCCAUUUGUUUACUGUCAAAUAAAUAUA